CCUGCUUAGAGGCGGAGUGGCUACGUCUCCUGAGUCAGCUGACGGAUGAGGAAGCGUGGACCGUCGCCGCAACGGAGCAGGUGACGCAGCUACACACCGUUGCCGCCGACACGUAUCAGGACAACACCAGCGCCUGCAAGGAAUGCCAGGACCUCCUGGUGGAGAGCGUGACGCACGAGGCGCAGACGGGGCACCUGGUGGAGAUGGUGCGCAAGGUGAGCGACGCCAUCACGUGCACGCCCCUGGAGACCCGGGUGACGGCGCACCACCAGCGGACCACAGCGCUACGCCAGGACGUCGGCCGCCUGCUGGAGCGCCUCGAGGAACUGCACGUCCACUGGUCGGCUUACCAGACGCAGAUGGACAAGUUGCAGGAGUGGUGCUCGCAGGCCAAGACGUCCCUGCAAGAGAUCGACCUCACGCCGCAGGACCAGGAGAAGCUGAGGGAGCAGUUCAACCAGAUCUGGAAUCUCAAGGCCCAGUUUGAUAGUCAGGGUGUAUUGCUGAACGAAUGCAUGAACCACUUUGACAAGUCAGUGGGUCUUGUCAACAUAACGGAUGAAACCCAUCAGAGGCACUUCCUGUCGCAGUUCAAGGCCGAGUGGCGUGAGCUUGAGGAGCUCUUGCAGCAGAAGGAGCAGGAGCUACACAGGAUCCAGAUCCAGGUAGUUCCAGUGCCUCAGCUGCUGUCGGAGACCCAAGACACGCUAUCGGGGGUGGAAGUGGCCCUUCAGAGCAUCGACACUCACGUCACCUCCAUCCAGCAGCUCCGAGACAUAUCGGAGCAGUACAAGGUUUUGCGCAUCAAGAUCCUCAACAGCAAGGAGAACCUCGAACACCUAACCCAAGUCUCAACCUCCGAGGAAGAGCAGGACGAGGAGCUGCUCGAUACGUUGGGCCGCCUCUCACUCACGUGCCAGGAGCUCAUCUGCACCAUCCAGCAGCGCAUCGCCUCCCUGGAGUAUGUGCUGGACCACGUGCAGAAGGCCGUGAGCCGCGUGGAACGCAUCUCCCUCACCAUGAUGCACCUGGAGAGCACUCUCGAGCGCUGCCAGGCCGUCGAUAAGGAGGGCGAACAGAUCCUCAAGGCCGCCUUGCACUCGUGUAAGACCAUCUUCGAGGGUCUCGCUCGUGCCGAGGAGGACAUCAACAAAGUGAAGCAGUCCCUGGAGACCCUCCGCAAGGACCCGCACCACCCGUGCCACCUGGCCGAGCUAGAGGCCCAGAUCGAGACCCUCCAGGUCAGACUCAAGUCCAUCUCCGAGAGCAUCAAGGAGACCCGCAGCAACCUCAAGAGCCGCCUGGAUGUGUGGCAGAAGUUCAUGUCGUCAUCCGACGCCGUGGACAGCUUCCUGCAGGAGGUCGAGUACCUGAUGGAAGGGGCGCCUGACCUGGCCUCUGUCAACCAGGACGCCCUCAAGAGUCACGUAGAGGAGCUGCAGAGACUCCAGGGCUCCAUGGCCAGCAACGAAGGCCUGUUGGAGAUGCUAAGGACGCAGGCCGUCCAGGUGGAGAAGAAGGACGUCGUGGAGACGCAGCUCACCCGCUGGAGCAACGUGUCACAACGCCUUGUGUCGGUUAUCUUGCGCUACGAGACCGCCUUGGAGCUGUGGUCUCGGUUCCUCACGGUGCAGGAGGAGGUCAAGGUGUGGGUCGAGUCCAAACUCACCCUCAUCGUCUCCCUGCAGUCCCGUGGCAUUGGAACCGAGGAACGAGGCCAGAUUCAGGUGCUGGUGGGAGAGGCGGCGUGGUCGGGUGAGCGCGUGACGGAGCUGCGGCAGCUGGCGCGACAGAUCCAGCUGCACGUGGCAGAGGACGCCGCUCGCGACACCCCGCUUGUGGCUGAGGUCGAACGCCUCGGCUUCAGAAUCACCAACCUGACGGAGGCCAUCACCCCUCAAGCAGCUGGAGGAGGGUAUUAACGGUGCGCACACACUGCUAGCCCUGCCCGAGCCCCCCGUCGAUGAGGCUGCCGUGCGCGCCACCCAGCUGAAGGACCAGCUGGUCGCGCUGGGCACGUCGGGCGGGCCCAUGCUGGAGGCGGGGCCCGCGCAGGUGGUGAAGGCCUGGCAGACGGCCGUGCGAGACACUCACACGCGCUACGAACAGGUGGUGGCGGGUCUUGGCGGCGACGACGAGCAGCUGGCUGCCGCGCUCACCACCUGGCGCCAGUACGUGGAGAGUGUGGAGGCCGAGAUGUCGGCGCCGGCGCCGGCCUCGCGCGAGGGCCUGCACGAGGCCUCCCGCCUGUGCCAGGUGCACCGCUCCAUCCUCACCACGCAAACCAACGUGCUCACCACGCUCCAGGAGCAGGCGCAGCAGGAGGACGCUCCACCCAGAAUCAAGGAUUUGCAGGGUCGCCUGCGAGAGCUUAUCCUGCGCCACAAGACCGUCCUGACCACCGUGACGGAACGCGAGCAGGUGCUCCUGAGGACCAUCACUACCUGGGAGACGUACCGGGUCAAGGUGGCUCAACUGCAGACCUGGAUUCUUGCCCUCGAGCAGGAGAAGCAGGGGCUGCAGCUGCGCCAGGUUGCCCGGCGACGUCUCGACAAGGUUAUCAGUCGCCUGCAGUCUUUGCUUGAGCAACUGACCCGUGGCGAGGAGCAGGUCGAGGACGUGGCCAAGCUGUGCCAGCAGCUGGUAGCGUCCUGCGACCCGAGCAUCCACUCGAUCCUCAAGGCCGAGCUGGCAUCCCUGCAGCAGCGCGUGACCAACAUGCGAGCCGGCGUGGAGACCUGGCUCGGCUACCUGAGCCGCAGCUCCGACCUGUGGCGGCGCUACGAGGAGAACUAUGCCAAACUGCACACCAUCUUGAGCGAGAUGCAGGCUGGCCUGUCGGCCGAUCUGCCCUCGGACUUCAGCAGUGUGCAGGAAACCAUCAAGAAAUACAAUGAGACAACAGCAUCCCUUGAGGCCCUCAGCGGCGACCUGUCUCUGCUCAGGACCACAAGAGAGGAAAUGGUGGAUUCCCUGACCCCGUCCGACCUCCGCCUGGUCACGCAGCGCAUGUGGAGGGUGACGCAGCUGCAGGCCGAGCUUCUCCACCAGUACAGGCUGAGGAUCAGCACCCUGGAGGAUAAGCUGGAGCUGUGGCAGCUGUACGACACCCGGUACCAGCAGUUCCUCGCGUGGGCCAAGGACAUGGAGGCCAAGAUCGACGGCGGUUCCGAGCAGUACAUCGACACCCUCAUCAGGAAGCUUGAGCACGACUACCAGGAGGACAUCAACACGAAGAGCAUCGAGAAGUUGUGGUUGAUCUCGGAGGGCGAGGAGCUCCUCUCCUGCAGCACCGAGGAUCAGGCCUCAGACCUCAAGAACAAGAUGCAGAACAUCGAGGCCACCUGGAAGCACAUCCAUGACAAGUGCACCAACAGGAAGCAGAAGCUGCAGGACAUCGUCACGACCAUCAACAAGGCUGAAGUCACUCUCGCCGAGUUGAAGGAGUGGCUCUUCCUGAUCGAGAAGAAGCUCUCAAGUCCCGUGGUGUUCCAGAACAGCUCCAAGAAGGAAAUCGACCGCCUACUCGAGGCGGAGGAGGAGGUGCGCAAGGAGAUUGAGAAGCAGAGCGGAACAAUAUCGUCCGUCCUGAAUCUCUGCGACAUGGUCAUUCGCGACUGCACUGAGUUUGACGCCAAUGGCGACACGGACUCGCUGCAGGAAGCUCACCAUAAUCUGGAGAGAAGAUGGGGCGAUAUCUGUACCCGAUCUGCCGAGAGGAAGGUAUUCAUUCAGAAGACUUGGAAAAUGUGGCAGGAGCUGAUAGCUGUGAACACCGCCUUUGAGACGUGGCUGACCAGCAUGGAGUCGAGGAUGAGCAACAUCACUGCCUCCUCGACGAUUGUGACCUACGCCAGCCUGGAGGAGCGGAUCGCCCAGGUACACGAGCUGCAGCCGCUCAUCCACGACCAGACGCUGCAGUAUGAACAGCUCAACCAAAAGUACCGUGUCUUGGCGCGCCCUUACGGCAGGGAGAACAGGCUUGACCAGCAGAACGAGAUCCGCACGAAGGUCAAGACCUCGAAUGCCAGGUUCCACACCCUCAACUACCACAUCACUGUCAUCCUGCGGCGUUUGAGGUACAGCGGCAGGAUUUACGAAGAGUUCAUCAGCACGAGAGAGAGCCUCCUGGGCUGGCUGAACGACUUCGACCUCAAGGUGUCCGAGUACGACAACCAGAUGCACUCAGACCUUGAACAAAAGAAGAAGUCCCUGCUGGAGCUCGUGGCCGAGUACGAGAGGCACGAGGAGGACCUCAGGAACUUCGAUGCCAUGAUCUCAUACCUCUACCAGCGAAGUUGCUACACAGACUGUCUGAUGAUCGAGGAGAGCCUCGAGGAGUACUGGAUCAUUAGGAAACACCUACACAGACGCCUCUUGAGCCUGCAGGACGCCAUCGACGUGGAGAUUACCACUCAGAUCACCAACGCCACUGCGACCAGGCUGUCCGAGGAGCGCUCUGUCGGAGACCAGCAGGAGCUUGAAGGCGAGGACGACUACCGGGUUCCUCUGGCCGCUGACGUCAACCUGGAGACGACCUUCACCACCACGGACGUCUCGCUCAUCGGAGCCGUCGGCGGAAGGUCUCUGGCGAUGGAGAUGAAGGCGGCGCUGGAGGAGAGCAAGAGACUGCUGAGGCAGCUGGAGGAAGCGCUCAAGUGCCCCACCCCGCAGGGAGCUGAGGUCGACAAGACGUAUUACUCCUUCUCCAAGCAGUUGGCCGGAUGCCGGUCUUCCGUGGACCUCCUGAGUUCCCUGAAGCAGCACACGGGCGACGACGCCGAGGCCAGGGAACUGCACCCGGAGAUCGAGCUCGUCCUGGAGGAGUUCACCCAACUCGAACUCCUCUCCCAGGCCAAGCAACAGAGGCUGAAGGAGAAUAGCGAGACGUCUUCCCUGACGUGCCCGCUGUGUUGCAGACGCAAUUGGCAGCAGUUCGAGAACGACAUGUGGCGCCUAGAACAAUGGCUCACCCACGCCGAAGCCACGCAGACCACGCAGCACAGCCCGCCCACGCCCAUGGAGCAACUGGAAGAGGUUGCCCAGGACCACAGGGAGUUCCUGAUGGACCUGGACGGCCACAAGUCGGUGAUCAUGUCGCUGAACAUCAUCGGCAAGCACCUGGCCGAGCACACCCGCGACGAGCGUCGUGCCACGCGCGUGCGGGACCGCCUCACCGCGGCCAACCAGCGCUGGGAGGCCGUGUGCGCUGCUGCGUCCGUGUGGCAGGCCAAGCUGCAGACGGCGCUCAUGGGCAACGCCGAGUUCCAUUCCACCAUCUCAGACCUGCUGGCCUGGACGGACACCACGGAGGAAAGCCUGCACAAGAUGGCGGCGGAGGAGGAGACGGAGGAGGCCGCCCUGCGCGAGCGCGCUGGCCGCGUUCUGGACGUGCGGGCUGAGGUCGAGCGGUGUGAGCCGCGCGUCGCGUCUCUGCACGAGGCGGCGCAGCACCUGCUCACCACGCAGCACGACGACCAGUGCGCGGCCGUGCGCGAGCGCCUGGCGCUCCUCUCGCGCCGCCUGCAGCUGCUGCUCCAGCUGUGCUCGCAACAGCUUACCCAGCUGUCGCAGCUCCUGGGCCAGGACUUUACCAGCUCGCUGGCGUCCCUGGCGUCGUCGGGGCUGUACGAGUCUGCCGAGUUCUCUUUCUCGCGGCCAACUUCACCAAGCUCCCUGACUGCCAGCUUCCAUUCCGAUGUGCAUGACGGCUACGGCGCGGAGGGCGGCGACGAAGGCGUAGUGAGACGCUCCUACAGGUUCUUCGGGCGUGUGAUGCGAGCUGCCCUUCCCAUCCAGGCCUUGAUGUUACUCAUGCUCGGGGUGGCGUCUCUCGUGCCCACCUCUGAGGACGAUUACGCCUGUAACAUGGCCAACAACUUCGCCCGGAGCCUCGACCCGAUGCUCAGAUACCCCAACGGACCUCCGCCAUUCUAAGAUCGCCUGUCCAAGGUCGUCCUUCGAAGGUCCCGUGAGGGCGCGGGGCGUUCUCGUCUUCCUCUGCGGGAUCCGACUCUUAGUGAUAGACACGCAACCUCGCGUUCCCAAACCAAAACGCGACUCACACACAAACUCCUGAUAUUGAUUACCGAGGUGUUUUAAAAUAUCCGAUUGUGUUUUAUCGUAGGUAAAACGUACCUGUUUUAAGUGAAGGAAAACUGCGUCAGUUUUGUGAAUUGAAAGCACAUGGUAAAGUUGUUGAUUUUUUUACUGAUUGAAAUAUAUAUAUAUGAUAUUUUAAUGGUGAUGUAAUGGUUCAAAAAGUUCCUUAUGUAAGUGCCCGCCGUUCUCAAUUGGUGAUGAAGAAUCCUGUCAACAAAGCUUCAUCUCUUUUAUUUUUUAAAUAAUAUUUUUUUCGCCCAGGUUAAGGAUGUAAACGCUGUUUGUUGUUAUAUAUAGUCAAGGAAAUGCUUAAUGUAGUAAAAUUACCUUUUUAAUCCCCUUGGCUGUGACUGAUAUGUCUUCAACUCGUUAGAAAUGGAACUCUGUCUUACGCUUUAACUUUUUUUUUCUCGCUCGCUCUUCACACUUUCGUCUUAUUUCUCUCUUUUCCCUUUUCCUAUAUAAAUGGACAUAUAAGCGUGUGUGUGUCUAGAGGAGUCGGACAAUCUCGUGUGGAAAUAAACACACACACACACAAGAUGAUAUUGAUAUGAAUAUACGAACGCAUGUCUGAAGAUCUGUCAGCCACACACACACACUACAAUGACGUUUAUUAUACCUGACUACCCAAGUACGGACAAAAAAAAAACCUGGUGCUACCAUCUAUCUAUACUGUAUAUGGUGAUUUUUGGAAAGGCUGAUUGUGGUACUGGUGUUUAGGUGCUAUAUGAAUUUUUACAAUGACCUGAAAGAAAGAGAGGACUUUUUAUUUUACUGAAAAAAAACUGAAAAUGAUUUUUACAGAGAGAAGGUAUUAUUGUGUGUUCAUUUGGAUCUUUUCCUUUUUGUUCUCUCAAUUUGAAUUUGAAUUGUGAAUUCGAUGGACUCAGGUUGAAGAGUUGGUUUUUAUUAGUAAUUUUAAGAGAGAUAAAUUAGAAAAAAAAGUGAAUGAAAAGUGAUAAUAUCUUAGGAGUCAAUUAGGUCAUCUCAAGGCUGUACUCUGUUAACUGUAGGUGAUAACAUCCCUCUAGAUCACAGUUAACUGCCGAUGAUGACUAAGGGUUUGUCUCGUGUUGGACUACCCUUCCCCCAAACUUAUUUAGGUGUAUAAAUCUUUUAUCAGUCAUUUGUGAUAAGUGUUAAUGCUCCUCGCCCACUGUUGGAGCUCAUCUGCUAUAAGGUUUAUGGUUUAGGCAUAUUUGAUAUUUGGAAUUUGAUCUUUUUUUAGGUAUAUUGUAAUUCACGAGGAUAGAAGUGAUUAUUUUCAUCAAAUGUACUUAGCAAUGAUUUUUAAUUCUUACAAGGCUGAAAUAUGCUACCCUUCCUUUUUUAAAUCUCCCUUUCCUCUCCCUCUUUCAUCCUUUUCCUUGUAAAUACUCCUUUUUCUUAUGUUAUUGUUUCUGUUACCUCUUAUCCUUCUCCUUUUUUUAUUUUUCCUUCUUUUUUUUUACUUUUGUAUAUUUGCGGCAUUGUUGAAAGUCAGUCAUAGUAAGAGAAACCACUAAUGCAGUAAGGAAUGGACGGUUAACGUGGAACUUAACCUUCUGUUUUUCAGGAGACGAUGGUUAGUUGGACAGACC